AUGUGUUGCUGCUGUUGUUGUUCAGAUUGUUGUUGUACAGUUUUAUUGUGUAUAUGUGCUAUAAUUUUUCCACCAUUUCCAGUAUUACUUGAAUGUGGGUUUUACUCAACUGAUUUCCUUCUAAAUUGUUUAUUAACUUUAUUAGGUUAUAUUCCGGGUUUAGUUCAUUCUCUUAUCAUUAUUUUUUCAAGAAAUCAUCGUAAUGAAAGAGAGUAUAGGCUAUUUUACCAACAAGGCUGGCUUGAAAGAGGUAAUUUAGUGCCUAGAGAUGUUAAUAAUGGUGGAAGCACUAGUCCACCCACUAACAUUUACGUUCAACACACUAUUAAUGAAAUUCCCAUAAUAUCUGAACCAAACCAAGAAACUCCUUUAAUGCCCAAAGGAGCGCCACCUCCAUACCAAGAGUUGGUUUAA